UUCAUGAUCGCAAUUUGGUAUCAGUUUGCUGCGCUUUGUUCACGGGGGAGGACGUGGGCGGUGUCGCGGCGCGGUUUUCUUCCAUUAUAUCUCCAUUUUUUAUAGUGACAACUUUCGUAUUUAAUUCUUAGUGACACAAAGGGUUCAGCCCAAAACAAAACAAAAAAAUGUUUUCCUUCCACAAACCUAAGGUGUAUAGAUCUACAACUGGCUGCUGCAUUUGUAAAGCCAAGUCCAGCAGCUCAAGAUUCACAGAUUCCAAGAAGUAUGAAGAUGACUUUGUUGACUGUUUCAACUUGAAAGAGAGAAGGUCGGGCGAAAUUUGCAAUGCAUGUGUACUUCUGGUAAAGCGUUGGAAGAAGCUGCCAAAGGGAACAGAUCGCAACUGGCAUCAUGUGGUGGAUGCAAGAGCUGGCCCAGGUACCAAGUCCCUCACUAAAUUUAAGAGUAAGAAGCUAAAAAAGAAUCUUGUAAAUCCAGAUAAACCAUUAAAAGAUAAAAUAAAAAAGAAGCAUCGGUACAUUCGAAAAGUGGGCAGAGAGACUUCUCCAGGAGCACUGAGUGAUGAUGUUGCUGUUGGCGACGAAAGAUUAAGCGAGGGCUCGGGCCCCUCUGUUCCUGGUUCGUUGGCACCUUCACCUUACCCAUCCCCUUACCCUUCCGAAGAUGACGCAGAUUCCCAAGAUCGCACUUUAAUCUCAGGUGCUAGUAAAAGGAAGACCACCAUUCCAGCCCAGUAUCAACUAAGCAGUUUUGUGGAUCUGUCAUACUGGAAACAGGAAAAAGUAUGCUGUGGCUUAAUCUUCCGAGGAGACUGUGGCGAGGUGCUGAUAGACCCCAGAUUUUUCCACCCGUGUUCUUGCCGAAUAAAAAAUCUUGAAAUGUCUCCAACACCAACUCCUAUCUCAACUCCACUUGCUUCAUCUGGAGCAUCUGAUGGAGGCAGUACCUAUGAAGACGAGAUUUUUGACAUGUCCGAGGUAAAUUUGCAUGAAGAUGAAGAUUAUCAAGAUUCUGAUUCCUUAGAUGAGCGACUAGAUGAACCUUACUACUCGUCUCCUACCAAUUCUCCUUCAGGCCCGCUCAUGACGCAUUUAUCAACAGGACUUGCAAGUUAACUAUAGUGUUAAUUAGUGGGCAAAAAUUAAUGACUAACUACCUAUUUAAUUAUUGGUAGACAUGUACCUUUUUUAUUAUUUAGAUAUGACAAAUUUCCAUGAUCAAUAUUAGUGUUCUGAAUUUUAUUUAUUAUUCAUGGGUCCAAGACUUGUAUUUUUCAGGGUUGAUAGAUAAAUUUUGAAAAACGAUACAAAAAAAAAAGUUUUUAUAAAUAUAUAUAAAUAUAUAUAUUUGGCACAGAGCAAGGCUGCAGCCCCUCUCAACCUUUUAUAGUCUUGUUAUGACAAUCUUUUUCAUGGCAAUACUCGUCUUGCUGCACCAAAUACGCCGUCCACUUCUGCAAGCAGUUAACCAAGUGUACACAAUAAAAACUGAAUCGGUAAAUAUUUGAAUACAAAACAAUAUUUUAUAUCUGCUAUUUUUUACCUUUUAGAAUCUUUGUAUCAGAUUAGAAAAGUUUUGGUCCUUAGCUGCAUUCAGAUUUUAUUGUGUGAAGGUUCAAUGCAAUGCAUUCAAUGUAAUUUGAAUCCCAGCUCAGUCUUUGGAAUAUAAAACCAUUAAACGCCCAUGCAAGCUUUAAAUAAUUAAACUAAAUGGUGUAUGGGUUGUUUGAGGUAACGUUCCCGGUGCUGUGUAUGGUGCUGCUGCUGCUGCUGCUGCUGAUGACGGUCCGGUGCGGUGGGACGGUUCUAGGAUCUCCAUAUCAGGGAGUGGGCUCGGCUGCCUCUUGUCCUCAGGUCACAAGGCUCAUGUGCUCAGUCCACCAGUCACUGGCUCCUCUCGCUAAUCUCAUUACAUUUCUUCCCUUUUGUACUAGAGGGUCUGUUUCAUCAUUCUUUCCCACUAAAUACUGUCAUAAAAACUAUUCUCUAAUAAGUGAAUGGCAAAUGAGCAGCAAAGUGCAUUGUUAGGAAAUGGUUAGUAGAAAAAUGGUACAAAUUCAGAAUCUUCAGUUUGUACUUGCAGAAAUGCUGUUCAUGUUAAGAAAUAAUGAAUGUCUUGCACAAGUAAGUAUUUUGCAAUAUUUAGACCUGUGCAAGGAAUAUUAAUAUUAGAGACCAGAGACAAUAAGAGGCGGUCUUCCUGCCUCCCAUGCCUAGGGCUGUACGCUACAUUGCACUCGUUCCUGUAUAUCCCCCCCCCCCCUAGUCCUCUUGGUUUUUGAGGUUGGGGCAGUACAAAAUCUUUGUCUUGUGAGCCUACUCUCAUCUCUUUUGUUACUCAACUGUGACUACAUUUCUAAAGAAUUUCUACUAAGUAGGGGUUCUCUUUUUAUAUAUAAAACAUAAAGCAAGUAUUUUUAGCUAAUUAAAUAUUUUUUAACUGAUUUUCAUAAAUGCAUAAUGUGUUGUGCUCAACAUUUUUUUUAUUUUUCCUCCCCCUAAUAUGGAGCCAGAUGACGGUGUAACCGACUUGCCUGCCAUAUUGCAAAUUUAGAUGAAUUAAUCCCAAACCUGAAUCUAGUCUUCAAACAUAUUAAUGUUAAGGACUUGAUAAAACAAAAAAAUUAACAGAUGGCCCUCAGUAUUACAAGGUACAAGUUAGCUUCUUUUAUAUUGCCACACUAUGCGCUUGUUAGCACACAUGAGCGGUGCUGUCCUGAUGCUCGCUGCAAUAUGAAUCUCUGGCAUCGUGGAUGGUACGUAGGAGAACAGGCAAUGUUAUUGAUGCAUGUGUAUGGACAAUUCCAUGGAUGACACAGGUAUAUUUAAAACAAAAAAGAAAGAUAUAAGAAUGCUUGGUUCCGAGUUGGUCCAAGCUCUUGUGUCAACCAAGGAAAAUGUCCAAGGAAUCAAUGCAGAAACCAAGGACCACUUGGUACAGGAUUGGAAUAAGCUUAUGGCUCAAAAAUGACAAUUGUUGACCUAGUUAUAAAUAUAUUUUUGUCAGUGGCUAAAAUUUUUAACGACUUUUGGGAGCUUAAUUUAUUCAAAAACGUGUAAUUUUUAAUGAUGUUGUGUGGUUCAUUAACACUAAUGUAAUUGGUGUAUUGACCAUAAAUUUUUUAGUAAUUCAUUAUUAUUAAAAGAUUAUUUGUUUGUAUUAAGUUAUGUAUUUAUUGAGCUACAAGUUGGCCUUGUAAAGGAUUCCAAUAUACUGUACUGAGUAUGAAAACAUUGUCAGCCCUAGGAGCUAAAGCUCUCCCAAAGACUGUGAUUAAUUUCAAUAUUGAUGGAUGUUUUAAGGUAAACUGAGAUUAGAGGCAUGUUUUCUAUAUAAUGCAAUCUGGAAAAAUUUGUACAUGCAUUGCAUUCCAAAGAUUAAGUGUAUAAUAUUAUUAAUAUUUCUUAAUAAAUAUUUACAAUAGACAUGAAUCUGACACUUCAUCUUUCCUUUGUGUCAGUGACCAUUGCAUUUCUGAUUUCUGAUUAUAAUUUAUUGUCUAAUUUAAUUCAGGUAUACUACUUAAGUGGGUAAAUUGCAAUGUGACAAGGUGUCACUCACAGCGUAUGCCUGUGACAAAGUGUCAGUCACAGCAUAUGACAAGGUGUCAGUUACAUAGCAUAUGCUUGUGACAAAGGGUAGGCAUAUGCCUUCACCCACAGAUUAUAACCUGGUGUGAAUUUCAUCACUUGUUAUGGUGCCCUUGUUAUUUUCUGCAGCUGUUAGCCAUAUAUUACACAAUUUGAUGUAAAACAUAAGAUUCUGGCCCAUAUUACUUACCUCAGUCAGGUUUUGGUAGGAAAGGUGGACCAAUAUCCAGAGCUGCAAUGUGGUUCGUCUGUGGGUGGGGCCAGUUCCAGGGGUGAAGCUGUAGCACACCUCUGGUGCCUGCUUCAUUGUCAUGACCAUGCAAUUAGCACAAAUGAGACUGCAACUGUACAAAGUGCUAUAAUUCAUGUCACAGUGCUCUUUGUUACCAAUGCUCUUUCACAACAUUUGUUUUAAAAUGUGUGUGAGUAAUGUAUUUUCUUAAAUUAUAAACAUACACAACAAAUGUGCACAUACACAUAUUUAUACAUACAUAAUAUAAUUUUCCAGCCUUAUCAGUCUACUGCUAAGUGAGAGAAAUUAGAUAGUAAACAAAACAAACUGCAGCAAGUCAAGGGCAAGGCUGUUGGUGCAGUCCCUGGUCCAAACCAAACUGAGCUUAAUCAUCCACUAUACAAUGCAAUCUACCUACAGUAUAUUUAAAAAUACAGUAUCUCUUUACAUACACAUGUACACACAUUGCUCACAAUGGUGCAAGUAUUGUGAAGGACUGGAACAUUCAUAUUUAUAUGUAUAUUACAUUCAUACAAUGGUAAUAAUGAACGCUGCUUUUUGGGUUGUAUUUUAUGUAUUUAAAAGGCCUGUACUUGAACUAGAGCACUUUCUAGGGAGUAACAGCUGCAGCAAUUUUCCUACUGCAUCUCAUAAGUACCUGGGAGGAGUCGGAGCGAUCACCACUUGAUAAUUUGUCAAAUGUAUUGCUGAAUAUUUGAGUGUAUCCAAGGUAACCUGUUUGCUCAUUCAACCAGGUGUCACUCUUUGAGCUUAUGUGAUAUCCAUAACUUUGAGCUGUGACUUGCUUUUAUUGUCGCCCGGAUCCUCGUGGGUGUGUAUGGAUGGUCAUAGGACAGUCAGAGAACAGGUUCUCUUCUCUUGUAACAAGUUGUUUUGUAUAAUGACAAAGAUCCACAAUUAAGCUUAUUUUUUGAGCUUGAAGUGUGUCCAUUUCUCUGUUCACUUAUUUAAUGUUCUGUAGUUGUGAAUGUAGUUAUCCUUUUAAAAGUUCAGUACAAUAAAGUAUUGUAUACUA